AUGCCGACAGUCCUUCGUGCAAGACAGAAGAACCUGAGGUGCUUCUAUUGUGGCCGUCGGUCAGAUACUCAAUUCAGCGGUCAGGCUUCUUUCGAAUGCAAAUACUGUGAGGCCACGAAUUGGCUUGAUGAGAAUGGAACUAUCACAGACCCGCCAGUCACGACUACCACAUCGGAUGAGACUACGCCUGCAGCACCUCGCUUCUCGACAAGUUUUUCUUCCAGCUUCACCAGCGAUCCUGUCGAGCGGGCAACAUCACCAAUCUGGUCACCCCCUGAUGCGAUAAACUCAGCAGAUUCCAUAUUCUGCGCCAAGUGUCAGCGCAACCAGGAACUAUUGUCGAGGACCCUGAAGGAGUAUGAGUUUCCGGACGACCCUAACGACCCUGAGUAUGCUAUUAGAACCAAAGGUUAUCGCAAAUGGAAGAAUGAUCUCGAAGCGAGAUAUCCACAAGUUUGCGCCGAAUGCGAACCAAAAGUAGAACAACAAUUGCAGAAGGCUAGCUACACGGCCAAGACCGAUCACAUGCGACGGAUGAUCAAUCGCACAAAAGAGCGACGCCAUCAGGCCAGGAAACAGACUACCUUGGACUAUGUUGAUCUCGCAGGGAAAUGGAGUUGGCAUGUUGCCUUUGUGCUGCAAUUCAUGUGGCAUCUGACAGUCCUUGGUGCUUUGUUCAUUGAACGGGAUGGUCAGGGCUUGCUCGAGAACUGGGCCAUCGCACUUCUGCGCACCGCCUGUGUGUUUGUUCUGAACAUGUUGCCCAGCUCCGCAGUGUUUCUCAAAUGGGCUAUCAACAUGAGUUUGGUGGCUUUCGCAUGGAAUCCGCGGUUCAAGCAGGCGAUAAGGGGGUUUACAUCGCAUAUCCUUGGGUUUCGACAGUGGUACACUUACCAACUCGUUAUCCUGCUGAUCAGAUGUGCAUGUCUGUUCCUCUCACAAUAUAACGAUGUCAAUGGGAUACCAGCCGCACAACAAAUAGGUGCUCACCUAGUGAUAGGGUGGCUUAUGUUCUAUGUACACAAGGUCGCGGGCAAGUCUAUACGCACCGACAACACCCCCCUUUUCGGGUCGCGACAAUCCCUCUACUUUACUCAGCCGUCUCCAGCACCAUCCAACCCACUGAUCCGUUCAGAUGACCUAGGAGGCAUAUUAGAUGAAAUCAUGGAAUCAUCGCCAAAAGUACAAACAAGUCGGGCAAGCACCCCGCAAUCUUUCAAAAGUCCUCACCAGCCCGUGAGUACAGGGAGACGCGUCUUUCGGAACGGGUCUAUAGACACACCUUCUCGUCCAGGCCAGAGGCAAGGGAAAGGCGGAUUCAGUAAGUUGAACUUUGCGAGUUCUCCCACCAGCUUCAAAGCAGACGAUCAACCCAUGCGGGAUAGGGAUGAAAUGGACUGGUCGCCAUCUGGGUCGCAACACCGAGCAUUCAGUACACAUAAUCCUUUCAAGGUCAAGAAUCCCAACCCGAGAUUCAACGACACUCCACUUGGCUUCAACGACACACCGAUCGAGCCUAAGUCUGGUCCAUUCUGGUACAAAGUACCACCGGCACCUACGAAUCCUGCACAGCGGUUGCGAAAUCCAGUGCAGCCUGUCAUCCGAGAAAGCCCAAAAGAAACGCAACAGAAUUUCUUCUCAAGCUCAGGCAGAACAAUUGACUUGACUUCAGGUUCGCAGGAUCCCGGGUCUAGCUUCACACUGAGAGAUGCGCAGUUUCAUGCUCCGGCUGCUAGAGAUGACCCCCGAGACGGGCUGUCAAAUAUGAUGGGAUCUUUCAGCAUUAGCCCCGACCCUGAGGAGCGAAGAGCAACAUCUGGAGGUGCUAUGAACGGUAGCAUGUUGGCGAGCAAUGGGCACACGUCAGUAGCGCGAAACAUCAAAGUCCGUACAGCUGAGCUUCUAGUACUGUUCGGUGCGUUUUGGGCCUGGGCGACAGCACUUGGCACCCAAGAGUCUUAUGGUCCAACGAUGGGUUUAGGGGCAAUUUGUGCGUCGCUGAUUGUCUCCAUAAGGCUGACUGCGGACUUGCUUGUUGAUGUGCAAAUGCGGCAAGGAAAGCAGCCUUCAUUACUCAGACCGUCAUGGGCAAACCUCGGUUAUGCACAGGUGCUGGCAGCGUUGGUGCUUGUAUGGAAAGUGUGGUCAGGUAGUGCGCAAGGUAUUACAUGCGGCGUAUACGGGAACGCAUUGCUGGGCGGGAUGAUCGCGCAUCAAUUCUGGCAUGUCUUCAGUUGA